AUGGCCUUCAAGUUUGUCGCGUUCGCCGCUCUGGUCGCUGUUGCCCGUGCCGGAUUGAUUGCCUCGCCAGCUGUCAGCUAUGCCGCUGCUCCGGCCCUAGUCGCCGCCCCAGUGGCCAAGGUCGCUACCUAUGCUGCCCCGAUCGCCAAGGUGGCGUACGCCGCCCAGCCAGAAGAGUACGACCCGAACCCACAGUACUCGUUCUCGUACGGAAUCUCCGAUGCCCUGACCGGUGACUCCAAGUCUCAGCAGGAAUCUCGCAGCGGAGAUGUUGUCCAGGGAUCGUACUCCGUCGUUGACCCCGAUGGCACCAAGCGUACCGUCGAGUACACGGCUGACCCACACAACGGAUUCAACGCUGUCGUCCACCGUGAGCCUCUGGCCACCAAGGUCGUCGCUGCUGCCCCGGUCGCCUAUGCUGCUCCAGUAGCCAAGACCAUCUCUUACGCCGCUCCAGUAGCCAAGACCAUCUCGUACGCCGCCCCGGUUGCCAAGACCUACACCUACGUCUCGAGCCCGGCUGUCUCCUAUGCCGCUCCCCUGGCCAAGACCUACGUCUCGAGCCCAGCUCUCUCGUACGCCGCCCCGGCCUACGCUUCUUACCACUAA